AUGAACAACGCUUGUGUCGAAGAACAUAAUGCUUUCUUUGAAAGACAUGAUAAAGCAAUGAAGAACCAUCUGAAGCCCUUUUUUAUCAGGGAAAAAGUGGAGAAUGUAGGGAUCAACAAAAUUUUGGUAGAUGGUGGUGCGACGGUAAACCUGAUGCCACAUUUUAUGUUGAAGAAAAUUGGAAAAUUCGACACAGAUAUCAAACCUCAUAACAUGGUGUUGUCGAAUUACGAAGGAAAAAUUGGCCACACCUUGGGAGUGAUCCAGGUAGACCUAACAGUUGGUACUAUCACUAGGCCAACCAUGUUUAUGGUCAUUGCGUCAAAGGAUGAUUACAACAUGCUUUUGGGUCGUGAAUGGAUACACGGCAUUUGGGCAGUACCAUCUUCGCUCCACCAAAGAAUCUUUAUAUGGAGGAAAAAUGGUAUAGUAGAAAAUAUCGAGGUUGACCAAGGUUACUUUAUGGCCGAGGUUAAUCAUGUGGAUAAGCGUCAUUUCGAUAAAAACCUGGAAAAUAUUGCUCCAUGCAGUCCUGUUAGGUUUACAUUUGCGCCUACUGAUACAACACUUUAA